CGACACCCCUGGAGCACUGGUGGGAAGGGGGUUCCUUGCUCCUAAGCCCCACGCUUUCUCCUCCGCUGCCUCCCCUUCGCUGCAGCCGCUCGCCUCACCCCUAUACAAAACCCAGGGCUCGUCCCUUUUCCUUGCGCCUUUCUCUCCAGGUUUAUUGUCAUCAGCUACACCAGGCAGCGGAGAGACGGAGGGAGGGGAGGAGGCGUUCAGCUCGGUGCCUCCUCUCAUAACCUGUGCCUGGCCAAUCUGCCGCCUGAGGGGCUGUGGGGAGCUCCCCCCACCCCGGCAUCUCCUCACCCCUCCUCGAGCCCCUCAGCUCCCGGCACCCGGAGAGGGAUGGCGGCAAGGGGGGGAGGAGGGAGAGAGUGGGACUAACAGCAACUGCUCUUUCUCCGGGAUGGGUUGAGAGAAAUUAAAACCUCCCGAGCUCCUUCCUCUGGGUGUUUCGGAGCAGAUCCUGCCUGCCUGGCGGGGUGACUCCUCUGCACUGUCUGUGCGCGCUCCUGUGCGUGUGCUGCUGCCGUCGCAGAUGUACCCCCAGCUGUCACUUUGCCGCGCACAGUCGCUCCCUCUCUCGCCUCUCUCUCUCUUUCCCUCUCCCCCCAUUAAUUAUUUACGGAGGAUUACAGUCCCUUUCCCACGCUGCCAUCUCGCCGUGCGGCUCCUCUGCCCUCCCUCCGCGCAGGGCGAGCGGCUGUCUAGGAGGGUCUCCUGCCAGCUAGGGUCCACCAAGAGCCCAGCCGGCUACGGAGGGACUUUCUGCUGGAUUUGCUUUGGGAUUGUACCAGGUUUGCUGGAAGAGCUGCCGUUCUCAUAGGAGGGUCCAGCCCAGCCCAAGAGAGAGACUUUCCAUUAUUUAUAGACUGCAACUCCUCACAGUUAUCACAGGAAGGACUGAGUCCUAAAUUUACAGCAGGGCCAUGCAAGUCUGAACUUCACGACUGACUGCAAGCAAAGGUUGUUACUUUGAAGACAGGCCCUGCUGCCAUGCUCCUCGUCACUCCAAGAAGUCUGGGAAGCUGGGAAGCUUCCUUCCCCAUGGACCACGGCCUCACACAAGGAAUAAAGAAUCAGGACCACAUCCUGAAUCUGGAGAGGAGCUGUUAGAGGCAACUUGACUUAGCACUCAUUACUUGGGCUCUCUUUCUACACUUAGUGAGGCUUUCUGCUGCUGGUGCUCCCCAAAGCAGGGUGUACUGCUGCUGCGAUUUUGCUGUGAGGUGUCUUGUGUGGGGGCAGAGGAGCUGAAGCUGGGCUGGGCUUUCCACACUACUUGCAUUUAGUGAUUUUGAUGGGAUGUGAACGUUGCCAUGGCCAUAUCUCUUCUGUGUCAGCAAACCCUCCAGAAAACUGAAGUCACAUCAGAUUUGCAGACCUUUCCCAGUCUCUCCCAGCCUCAGCAAGCUCUGCAGCAUGGGGCUGUGAUGUGUGUGCUAACUCAGAUGCAUCCAAGGAUCCUGGCUGGAGCUCUGGGUUGUGAGAGCUGUCAUCACAUCUUGUUGAGCUAUGGGCAAUGUUCCCAGCUUGUAAAGAGUGUAAGCGUGUCCCAGAGAUCCUCAGUGCAGUUUGUGUGGACUUUGUGGGGAUGCCCCUCUUGGAUGCUCUGGGAAGGUGAUGGGGGGCGAGGGGGAAGAAGAGCUCCAGGCUCUCUCUAACAGGUAGCACUGCUGACCUUGCGCCACAGUGGCAACCAAGUGAAACAGAUCUAUGCAACUCACUAAGGCAGAAAAAGGCUUUCUUCAGAGCUCAGUAUAAAUGCAUCAUGUGCAAACGAUGAGAGUCAGCCUUUUCUUGGGAGGUUUGCCAGGAGCUGUGUGCGUGCUGGGUCACCGAUCCCCUUAUGAUAAGAGCAGAGAGGAUUUUUACUGCUAGCAUCUUGUGCUUUGCCCCAGUGCUGCGCGUGCACGGAUGAUCCCUGCCCCUGUGAACACACCCGGUGCACAGACUUGUGAAGUGAGAUGGUAGUGAAGUUCUUCCCCUGUCCCACUGUGUUUUCUACCUCCUCUUCCCCCUCCAACUGUCAAAAUGGAAGUCGCUACCCUUGUAGCCAGUGGUCUGAGUCAGAGAGGCCGGCAGCUGGGGAAGGGAAGCCGGGGUGCUGGGUGAGGGAGAGGGGGAGGGACUCUCUCACUCAGCCGCUCAGGUGGCAGCAGGUCUCCAUCACAUUGGCUUCUCCACCAGAAGCAAAAGUAACAAGAGUAAAGCACUAGGAAGGCUAGUGAUCUUGGGAUCCUGGCAUAUUUCAGACUACAGACUAUGAAAACAGGCAGAGCCAGUUCUUGAGCUAAUGCAGACAAGAAUGAUAGUGAACAAGCAGGUGUGGGACAUGUUGUGUGCUCAGGGUCACCCAGGCUUGCAGAAGCUCGCCUGACUCUAGAAAUGAGGAAGCACGAGGAGAAAGGCUUAUGGCUGAGGUGCCUUGACCCCCAUAUGAUAUAACAGGAGUUUCUUGGUAUUGAUUUGGAAACCCCUUGAUUUGGCAGUCUGGCUGUACUGUUCGAUAGAUGUUUAGCCUAGCACUCCAGGAUCAGAACUGUGAACUGAGAGCUUAUAUUGAUAAAUCAACUUUAAAUAAAUAAAAUUUUUCUGUCUCACUGCUAAAUUGUUGCACCUCCAUUUACUACUCGGUGCAUGUAAAUGUAUCUCUCCUCUCAGACAGGCUGGCACCUUUCCUCUUACGGAUCUGCUGCAUCCUUUGCCCCUAAUAAGAGCCCCAGGGAAGGUACUGGGUCAUCUCAAAAUUUCUGAGCCCCCAGAGAAUCCUUUACAAAUGUAGGCCCAUACAUACCCUCCUUCUUGAACACCACCCGCAUAAAAACACAAAAGAGAUUACUUCAGGAUCCGAAUCACCAUCCAACUAAGAAGUGCGGAAAAUACCUGUAUGUGGGGUGGGGAGUGGAAUGAGGAUCACAGAACCAGGAUUCUCCCACCAAGCUUCCUUCUCUGCCUGGAGCCUCUCCCUCGGGUGUACCACCCACCCACACCCCCGAGGUAGGCUUGGCAGGAAGGCGGGGAGCAGCAUUUUAAAUGCCAGUGAGCUGAUGGGUGCUCGUGGGGUGUAAAGGAGGAACUGGGAGCAGAAGGGUGCCUCCCUCAGACCUGCUGGGUCAGGAGCGGCCACAGUCCUUCUGUCAAGGGACUGCCUGCAAGGAUUGAGGGCCUGAGCUACUACUGACCAUGGGAUUAACUCCUGCAGGAAAUUAAAGUUGUAGAGAAGGCUCUUCACUCCACAGCUGAGAGAAAAACUGGGAUCUGGAUUAGAAUUGGCAGGGCUGGUGACAAGCCACCACCCACAGCCAACUGUUCCCGGCUGGAUCAGAAAAUGUUAUCUCAGUCUUCAUGUAGAACCCCCCUCCACAUCUCACUCAGUUACCAAUUUUUGCCAACAGUGUGAGAAGAACAAAAACAUCACUCUGUGGCAAGAAAAAGAGAAGGAAACUGGGUAGCCAGCUCACGUGUCCCUCCUCUGAGCUCCUCUCCCACUCCCUCACCCGUUUCCCUUCUCAGCUGCCUCCGUUUUGCAUGGAGGAAACAUGCACGUGGUCUGUCGCAUUCAAUAAUACUCAGAGAAGAUGCUGGCACACACAUGGCUGGAUUUCUUCCUGUCAACUGCCCCCUCAGCUCUCCUCCUGCUGCUGCUAUGGGCCUCCUCCAUAUGCCGCACUCUCGCUGUGCUGGGACUUUCCUGUCACUCCCGUGUUGGAUAUCCCGGUCUCCCCACCUGCUUCCACAGCUUCCCAAGGAAUCCCACUUCUCCAUGGCAAUCUGGGUCUUUCCCACCAGUGCUAUCUGCCCUGGGUCCCCUUCGGAUGCUCUGUGCUUUCUCAGAUGGUUUGAUGGGGCCCGCUGCCCUUGGUAUUUCCAGCCCCUCCAACAUCUCCCAGUCUCAGUACCGUGCAUCGGUCAGGGAGGCUUAGGAUGCAAAUAAUGUUUCCUGGUUAAGGUACAGGAGAGGAGGAAUCGAGAAAAAUGGUUUCUCUCCUGAUUUUGCCACAGGCCCAUCAGGAAACUUUAGGAAAGCCCCACCAAAACUCCUUUAUUCUGUGUAACUUUGAUAAACCCUACAAAUCAUCUUUGCAGGACAGGAGAACAUUUACAAGAGCACAUGAUCCAGUGCAAGCACUGCACUUGGCAGCGUUGAAAAUCUUGAGCAGAGAACUGAUGUGGGCUCACGAUGAGGUAUCAAUAGCUGGGCAGCUGAAAUUUCAGCCAGCCAAACUCAGCAGUCAUUUUUACCUCUAUCAUAGUUUACCCCUCCGUAAAAUGGGAAUAAAGUAGAUUUUUUUUGGAGGGGCUUAGGGAGGAAACAUUUUUAAACACCAAUCACAUUUACAUUUCAGAGGUGCCUACACACUGUUGUUCCGAACAUAAGAAGCUUUUUGACCUCUUCACAUCCCAGAGAAUAGGGUGAGGUUUUUAUUCACACAAAGUCAGGAAUGUGUCAGAGUCCCUUACCGUACUGAGUGGGUUUUGCACACUUUCUACUUACUUUACAGCUUUCUGUAUGAGGUGUUUUGCUUAGCUGUGAUCGAUCACUGCAAGUCAGAUGGCACCAUUUCUUCUGCAGCUGGGUUUCUAGUGUGAAUUAAAAAUGUGCUUCCCAUUGAUUGUGACAUCACAGCACUAAUGAAUCCUGAACACAUGUGUUAAUAAAUCAGCAAGUACUGGAAAUGAAGCCCCGAGCUAUUUAGAUUGGAAGCUCACUGGGGCAGCGACACACACUCUGUGUUUCUACAGUGCUGCUGAGCGUGGCUGCCACCUCUGGGUGCUUUUGCAGUCCAAAUAAACAAGAAAUAAGGAGCUGCUGCUGAGACAAGAUGACCUCUUGUGGUCAGUAAUUUGCUAGACUGACCCAGGUCUGUGGGGGACCAAGAAUGAGCAUCAUCUUCAUGACAUCUAAACCCACUUGUGGUACUGUCAGGAGCGUGAUUCCCCACUAGCACUCAUCAGUCAGGUUACUUCAUGAACUUUCAGUUCCUGUAAUCAGGGCUGCUGUGUCUCUCUGCCCUCUGUGUACCAACUCUUCUCCCUCAAGGGCUGAUGAAGGAACAAACAUGCUUCAGUCACUGGACUCUGGGGUACCACUGUCCCCUUACAUUAUGGGUGACAGUAAUAAACAAGAAUCCUAAAAGCAACAAGGAAAGACGAGGAAAAAAAGAUAAUCUCCUUAAAGUGUCCUCCAUGCCCUCCCUCACCCUGAUGUUUUUCUGAUAAAGGCUAAAGCAAUUCAACAUUGGAAAGGGGGAAGGGACUUUGCCAUCACUUGUCAAACAGAGUGUGGGGGAGGGAUGAAUGUCUGCGUGUACUUCCUGAUAAUUUAUUGCUGGCAUCUGUUGUAGCCUCUGUUACCUACCCUUUUGUAAUAUAGGUCACCCACAUGCCCUGCCAAUGCUCAUAAGCCAGGCUGUUAAUGGAGUUUGAUCCCUGAGCCAUGAUUCAAGAGUUAGUGCAAAGGACUAGGAGAGAUAAUCAGACAGAGGUUGCUGGGCUCUGUUUCUGACUAAGACUCAUCCUAGUGACACAGUCACCUGUCUCUUUAGCCUCAGUGUCCUCGUCUGGAAAAUGGGAUAGCUUUAUCCACCUACCUAGAGCAGAGGCACUACUGGCUACGAUCUCAGCCUUACUUCUGCAGGUCAUUAAAUACAAAAUAACAACAACAACACCUACAACCCCGGUAACAGCCAUUUGUAAAGCAGAUGGAAAGCUUUGGAUAGAAGGUGUCACAGAAUUGGGAAGUGUUAGUAAAACAGUAUGUGGAUGCAGUAAACUGAAACCCUCCCCACCCUCACAGUGUGCUCCUUGGGACCUGACUUAUGAAAGCUAAGGCUUUAGAGUGAUACUGCAAACAUCACUGGUGUCUGGGCAGGAAGAAGGAAAGUACAAGACAGUGACAGUGCCUGCUGUAGCUUUGUGCCCUGGCAAGUGCGGCAGAGUCAUUACAAACUCCUCAGCAUCCCCCCAAAGCAGUAAAGUACCCUGUUCAAGCUAAUUAGGGGAAUCCUCAUUAGAAAGUCCUCUAGAGUCUGACAGCAGGCCAAAUGUCCAAGUGGCACUUCAGCUCAGUGUAUUUUUGGCCACUGGAGCCCAUGGGCCAGAAAUGGAUGAUUUCAUUCUGUUGCUUUGAGCUGAAACUAAAAAAGUUGUCUUUUCCUGUCCUAUAUCAAACGGCAAGAAGAAAAGGCCAUCACCAGCCCCACAGGCUUCCCUGUUAAUUCUUCCAGAAUCUGGAAAAGAAAUUCAACUCCCAGCACGUGGAAGAAAGCUCUGGACACUGUGUCCCAUGGGUCACAGGGCGUUUGUCUGACAUGCUGCUCCAGGGAGAAGGAACCAGCUAGUAAGCCUAAAAUAAAGACGGACGCCUGGUUUGUGGAGCCCUUGGGUGACUUCAGAACAUUCCAAGUUCCAGCAAUGCAGAUCAGCCUUGAGCCCCCAAACUCAGGCCGUGCUACCCUAGUUCUCAACGGAUGGCAUGACGCCUCUCCGCUUGGGCUGGGGAUGUAUGGGGGGGCACUCCUACGUCUGGCAGAGUCCUUGCUGCUGGAGAAGUCCCCGGCUGCCAGGCUGAAAGCAGCCAGACAGAUACGGUGGUGCUCUGGAGAGCCUUGAGGUGUGGGCAGGUGCUAGUUGCCCCAGGACUACAGGGUUCCCAGUGCUGCGCCGGCAGUGAGUGCAGCUGGCCUGGUGCUCUGCAGAGCAGAAGGCAUCUCUUGGGCCACAGUAAAACAGCUAAUUAAGUCAGAAUUCAAGACAAGUCAGAGAAAACCUUUAAAAAAGAAACUCAAAAAUCCUCUUUGCCUCCUUGCUCUCUCCUGGCUGCAGAAUAUUAAUCACUAAGGGUCUAAUGCGCUUAUGGGCAAUAGAUGUGUGGGACAAACUGGGCUUUUCUGGAUCCUUGGAAUUAAAAUUUCUCCAUCAACAUACUACUUCAAGGUGUAAGUGCAGAAGCUCAUUGCCCAUUGCACUUCAGCAGUCAGGAACCUCUACCUAUUCCAAAUUUACCGCUCUGCCACCUGAGCAUAUGUUAUGAUUGGAGAAGCAGGCAGUUUUGCGCCAGACAUGGAUGUUGAUAAGUACGGGUCACAGAAGAGACCCUGGUACAUGUGCAAGCCCAACUCUGUGCACACUUUUGUAAAUGUAAGCUAGACUGGUGACUGUAUCUGCAUACGUCCAUGAAGAUAGCUGUUUUUAAGUCUUAGAAACAUGUGUAUGAGUGCACAAAGGGUGUCUGCUAUCUAUGGGGCGGGGAGUGUUGUGUUUAUGUGACAUGUUUUUAAAAUAAUCUUGGGUUUAUCAGGGCGCCUCCAUCUUUGUGCAUGUUGCAGCGCAGGAGACAGCGUUAAAGCCUGAACAGGUGUUAAUCUCUAUGCACUGUAAUAAAUUCUAAACAUAGGGAAAGGGCUUAUUUAUACACGGCUGCUCCUCCCACCCUGCACUCUGUGCUUGAGCCUUGGCUCUGCCUGAGAGAAAGAGGCGCCCAUGAGGUACCAGAAACGAGUGCAAGAGCUGGACUUGCACUGCCAGAGCAGAAGGAGCUUAGGGGUAGAAACCCUGACCCCGUCACCGUCCUUGCACCUGGGGAGUUAAAUAGAGCACACGGAAAGCCUGCUGCUGGGGAGUGAAAGUCAAGGAGGGAGAGGGAAGGAAGAGGCUGUAACUGGGCAGUGCCCGGGGAGUCGGGUGGAAGUGGCUGCGGGCAGAGCCCCUCCAGCACCGGGCAAGCAGGCUACAAGGUCAUUCCUCCUCCCUCUGGGGCCGUGUGCCAGGCUGGCUGGUGGAUGUGAAGACACGCUGGAGAAGACAACAAUGCUGCCUACAACUGCUGGCCACCGGUGGAGGAGCAGGUUCCUCAUGAGCUGGCAAGAGGCUUGUCUGCUUGGCUGUUGGCUGUCGCUAUGUGCUGCCGAGUCCUUCUUUGCUUGUCCUUCCUCCUGCAAGUGUAACAGUGGCAACCUGGAAGUGGACUGUAGUGGCUUGGGCCUCUCUUCCAUCCCCUCAGACAUCCCCACAAACACCAGGACCUUCCUCUUUCUCAACAACAAACUCAGCAUCCUGCCGGGAGCAGUGUUUUCCAACCUCUCUGCCCUACAGAGGCUGGACUUAUCCAACAACUUCUUGGACCAGCUCCCUCAGAACAUCUUCAGUGACCUGGGGAACCUCACGGAGCUCCGGCUGAGGAACAACAGCAUCCGGGCCUUGGACAAGGACCUGCUACAACACACAGCCCUGCUGCGCCAGCUGGAUCUCUCCAUCAACGGCCUGGCCCAGAUACCCUCGGGCAUCUUUGACGACCUGCCUGCUCUCCGCUCCCUCUCUCUCAGGUCCAACCGCCUGCAGAGCCUGGACAGGGUGACCUUUGAACCGCUAACCAGCCUGCAGCAGCUCCAAGUUGGGGAUAACCCCUGGGAAUGCGACUGCAACCUCCGAGACUUCAAGCACUGGAUGGAAUGGUUCUCCUACAGAGGUGGGAAAAUUGACCAGCUGGCCUGUACCCUGCCCAAGGAGCUGAAAGGGAAGGAUAUGCGAAUGGUGCCCAUGGAAAUGUUUAACUACUGCUCCCAGCUGGAUGAUGAGAACAGCUCUACAGUGCUGGACAAUACUGGCCCACCCUGCACUAAGGGAAGCCCAACUCCUUCCAAAUCUAAAUCGGGCCCAGAAACAGAAGUGGAGCCCAGUGUGGGAUGUCCUCAGAAACAGCGAUACAGGCCCGUGAGCGUGCGCCGGGCAAUUGGCACUGUGAUCAUCGCAGGGGUGGUUUGCGGCAUUGUUUGCAUCAUGAUGGUGGUGGCAGCUGCUUAUGGUUGCAUCUAUGCCUCCCUCAUGGCCAAGUACCACCGGGAGCUGAAGAAGAGGCAGCCGCUCAUGGGUGACACAGAAGGCGAACAUGAAGAGCAAAAACAAAUCUCUUCUGUGGCAUGAAACUCUUCUAGGAAGGAAGGGACAGCAAUGAACAAAGGUACUUGAGAGCAGUCAAGCAUGGGGUCCUCCCAAAAUACAUCUUCCCAGACAGACAGACAGACUGUGCUAUUGCUCCACUCACCCAAGUAGUGCAACAUGCUUCUGGGGGGGUCAGGGCACCUGGCUCAACUUCUGUUCCUCUGCCCCAGGCCCAUCUUGUGCCCUUUCACCCUUGGGCCCUCCCAGACAAAUAAAGCAGAGUCAGACCUCGAGUGCUUGCUGUGCCUCAUGCCCUUGCACAGAGCUUCCCUUGCAUGCCUGCUGUGGAGGCAGCUGGCACCUGCUGGGACCUGUGUCAUCCUCUCAGCUUCUGUCCUGAGUCGUCCUGUAUCCUGUCAAGAGCUCUCUGCACACAGAAAGAGCAGCUCUGUGAAAGCUUGUGUGAGGAGCAGGACACCAGAAGUGUCCACGCCUCGCUGUUAGGGUCACUGCUGUUGUGUGACAGUAAGUUGCUGCCCACCCUACAAGUCAGUGUUGCUGAGAGCACAUCAGAAGGGAGGGAAGGUCACUAGGGGAUGACAACAGUCAGGGGGAGAUUUCCCUUUUCACUUUUAAAGGCGGAAAGAUACCUGUACCACUCUAACAUGCUGCCAGGGAGCACAGUGUCCCUCUUUUUGAUCCUGGACAAGUCCAAAUCUGCGACCUGACACACACACCAUCUGCUAUAGAUACAAAGCCAUCCUGUACACACCCACACUGACUCAUUUGGAUCCCAACAGACACAUACACACAGACAGUCCCAGCUCCAGACAUCCAGGCACCCCACCUGCACAUGCAGAGCCACAUGUGCCCGUGCUGAUCUGCCCUCUGUGUGCACCCGUGAAUACAUUCAGGCACUUUACCUUACUCUCAUCAUAACAGUGCAUGGCACGUUCUGUUUCAGACAAAACACAUGCACCCUGACACCGAGGAGCUAACAAAAACAUCUCAGCCAUAGUGCAGAGUCAGUGGAAAAGGGCAUGAGAGGAUGGAGAGAGGCAAAGUUAUUAAGGUUACAGCAUGAGUCUGUGGAAAUAAGUACACAGCAUGAAAAAAAUAAGGUCUGUUCUUGUUAUCUAUUUGAUAUUUUCUGUGAGAAAUGAAAAGGGUAAGGAUAUGAAGCCUCCAUUUGGAAAUGUUUGAUUGGCAGAGCAGAAGUGGGUUAUCAGGAAAGACUAGAGGAGGAGGUGGCUUAUUAGCCUCGGUAGCGUAAGCCAUGCUGAGGAGCAGUGAGAACCCAGGGGAAGGUGGUGGGAGAAGACAACACACAACCCAAGGGCUGGCAUGGCUGGCAGAGGGGCAAGCACAGUGUAUGGAGUAGGGUUAUGCAGCUGGGUGACUGAAGAGAGGGGUCACAAUUCUGGAGGGUCUUGAGGUGAAGGCUGAAGCCUGGACCCCAGCAUGGCACACGUGGGAGAGCCCAGGAAGUGUCCAGCACAAUAGGCAGCACAGCCUGCAUACGAUCCCCUCACCAUCACCGCUGUGUUCACUGCCAUCCAUAGCUGCACGUGAGUGUGCCCCCCCACACAACUGCGCACACUGCCACUGUCACAUCAGGUGACUUCCCCCAACUAGAUUUUAAAGCCCUCAGACUGCAGUGCCUCCUAUUAGUCUUAGCUCUUUCUGACCUGACAGGAGAAAAAAAAAAAAAAAAAAAGAAGAGGGGAAAAAAAAAAAAAGGAAC